CAGAAACCCCAGAGAAAGCAAAACCGCGAGCUCUCAUGGCCUCCGGCGGCAAAGAUUCCGAUCGUACCUUAGGGUACAUGACUCGGAAAGAUACAGAAGUCAAGCUUCCAAGACCUACUCGUGUCAAGAACAAAACUCCGGCGCCGGUACAAAUCACCGCCGAACAAAUUUUAAGAGAAGCUCGAGAGAGACAAGAAGCUGAGAUCCGUCCUCCUAAGCAAAAAAUCACUGAUUCCACUGAGCUUUCCGACUACAGACUCCGCCGGAGAAAGGAAUUUGAAGACCAGAUCCGUCGCGCUAGAUGGAAUAUUCAUGUUUGGGUCAAAUACGCUCAAUGGGAAGAGUCACAGAAAGAUUACGCUCGUGCUCGAAGUGUUUGGGAACGAGCUAUAGAAGGAGAUUACAGGAACCAUACGCUUUGGCUCAAAUACGCAGAGUUCGAGAUGAAGAACAAGUUUGUGAACAGUGCGAGAAACGUUUGGGAUCGAGCUGUUACGCUUCUUCCUCGUGUAGACCAGCUUUGGUACAAGUAUAUUCAUAUGGAGGAGAUACUUGGGAAUAUCGCCGGAGCUAGGCAGAUUUUUGAACGGUGGAUGGAUUGGUCACCGGAUCAACAAGGUUGGCUCUCGUUUAUUAAAUUUGAACUUAGGUAUAAUGAAAUCGAACGGGCUAGAACGAUAUACGAGAGAUUUGUGCUUUGUCAUCCGAAGGUUUCUGCUUAUAUUAGAUAUGCUAAGUUUGAGAUGAAAGGUGGUGAAGUUGCGCGUUGUAGGAGUGUGUAUGAACGUGCCACAGAGAAACUUGCUGAUGAUGAAGAAGCUGAGCAGCUCUUUGUGGCGUUUGCGGAGUUUGAAGAACGAUGUAAGGAAGUAGAAAGGGCUAGGUUUAUCUAUAAGUUUGCUCUUGAUCACAUUCCUAAAGGCAGAGCUGAGGAUUUGUAUAGGAAGUUUGUGGCUUUUGAGAAACAGUAUGGUGAUAAGGAAGGGAUUGAGGAUGCAAUUGUUGGGAAGAGGAGGUUUCAGUAUGAAGAGGAAGUGAGGAAGAAUCCUUCGAACUAUGAUUCGUGGUUUGAUUAUGUUAGGUUAGAAGAGAGUGUGGGGAACAAAGAUAGGAUCAGAGAAAUCUAUGAGAGGGCUAUUGCUAAUGUUCCACCUGCUGAGGAGAAACGAUACUGGCAAAGAUAUAUCUAUCUUUGGAUUAAUUAUGCAUUGUAUGAAGAGAUAGAAACUGAAGAUGUUGAGCGUACCCGAGAUGUUUACAGAGAGUGCCUUAAGCUUAUUCCCCACAGCAAAUUUUCUUUUGCCAAAAUAUGGUUGCUCGCUGCUCAGUUUGAGAUAAGGCAAUUGAAUCUCACGGGUGCUCGCCAGAUAUUAGGAAAUGCGAUUGGAAAAGCUCCCAAAGAUAAGAUAUUCAAGAAAUACAUUGAGAUCGAGCUUCAGUUGGGAAACAUGGAUAGGUGUAGAAAGUUAUAUGAACGGUAUCUUGAGUGGUCUCCUGAGAAUUGCUAUGCUUGGAGCAAGUAUGCUGAGUUAGAGAGGUCUCUUGCUGAAACCGAACGAGCUAGAGCUAUUUUUGAACUUGCAAUAUCCCAGCCAGCUCUUGACAUGCCUGAGCUGCUAUGGAAGGCCUACAUUGAUUUUGAGAUAUCAGAAGGGGAAUUAGAGAGGACACGGGCUUUAUACGAGCGACUCUUGGACCGUACUAAGCAUUACAAGGUGUGGGUUAGCUUUGCAAAGUUUGAAGCUUCUGCUGCGGAAAUAGAAGAAGACAAGAACGAAGAUGAAGACCAAGAAGAUGUUAUUGAACACAAGAAAGACUGCAUCAAACGUGCCAGAGCGAUUUUCGAUAGAGCCAACACAUAUUACAAAGACUCCACACCAGAGCUGAAGGAAGAACGAGCUACGCUCCUGGAGGAUUGGCUGAACAUGGAGACGAGCUUUGGUAACCUCGGAGAUGUUAGUAUUGUUCAAUCGAAGCUUCCAAAGAAGCUCAAGAAGAGAAAGGCGAUCACUAGAGAAGACGGCUCAACAGAGUACGAAGAAUACAUUGAUUAUUUGUACCCAGAAGAAUCGCAGACGACGAAUCUCAAGAUUCUUGAAGCUGCAUACAAAUGGAAGAAGCAGAAGGUUGCUACUUCUGAUGAUGAUUAAGAUUAAGCUUUUUUAAAGUUAUAUCAAAACUGUGAGAUGUUGUUUUGUAUUCUUACUUAGUUCUCUCUUUGUACACAUCGUCACUCAUCCUGUUCUGGUUUAGCAGUAAUUUUUGUUAUCCAAGGACCAAAACAAAAUUCAAAUCUGUCC